AUGCCAAAGCUAAAGUUAAGGCUACGAAUAACAAUAAAAAUAAGACUAAAGCAAAGGCUAGAGACAAAGCUAGAGCUAGAGCUAGGGCUAGAGCUAGAGCUGAAGCUGAAGCUGAAGCUGGAGCUGGAGCUGGAGCUGGAGCUGGAGCUGGAGCUAGAGCUAGAGCUAGAGCUAGAGCUAGAGCUAGAGCUAGAGCUAGAGCUAGAUCUAGAACUAGAGCUAGAGCUAAAUGCUAAGGUGAACUCUAAAAUUAAGUACAAAGCUAAGUCUAGGAAAAAAGUUAAUGGACCCAACAAAAAAAAUUUACUUCCGAAUUUCAAAAAGUCAUUGUAG